AUGCGAUACCUGUGCCGAAUGUCCAAAGGCAUGGAGGUAAACACGGCUCUUAUGCUAUACAAGAGCCUGGUCCGCUCGGUGGUGGACUAUGGUAUUUUUAUAUACUUCCCGAGGGACGCGACCUACCGCCUGAAGAUGGAGCGCACUCAGUUUAUGGGGAUCCGCACGGCACUUGGGUUUAGGAAUAGCACCCCUACCAAUGUUCUUCUGGCCGAAGCUAAGGUAACGCUACUUCAGGAUAGAGCGGUGAUGCUCGGGAAGAAUUUUGUUUCCAAGGCCAUUGCGUGGGGCAACGAGGGUCUAUGUGCGAGGCUCAGCCGGACUUUCGACUGUGAGUGCUUCUGUCGCUUUCGUCAGCCUACUUACAAGUUCUCGCUGAUAUCGGACGUUUGGAGGUCGUUGAGAUUUAGAAAUAAUAUGGGAUUCUCUGUGAGGAGGGAGGUCUUCUGUGAUCCUUAUAAUGCCCACACGUUCCGCCCUCGGGUUGAGCUUGAUAUUGGAAAGACUAGAAAAAGCAGAAAAUACCCGGAUUGCGAGCUGAUUCGCAAGAUUGCUGACAAAUAUGAAUUAAUUUCUCCGGAGGUCAUAUUCACGGAUGGAUCGUACGGUGAGGAGGCGAGAUCCACGGGUGCCAGCAUAAUCAUCUCGGACCAGGAGGAGGCCUACAAAAUCAGCAUGCCUCCGACCUGUUCCUCUUUUACGGCGGAGGCCUUCGCGGUGAGGGCGGCUCUGCAACUGAUGAUCGUUCAACGCGAGGAAAGAGGAAGAGACAUUGUUAUCCUGUCGGACUGUCGCUCUGUAUUGCAGGCUAUUUUUAAUAACCACAUCAAUGUACAUAAGAAUAGAUAUGUCACAGAAGCCAGAAGACAUAUAUAUAAAUUGGAGGUUAGAUGGGACAAAAGAGUUGUCCUGGCGUGGAUCCCGGCACAUGAGGGGAUUCAAGGUAACGAGCUGGCCGACGACCUGGCCAAGGAGGCCGCGUCUGAAGAAGCCGAUCCAUCUAUCGAGGUCCCGGUCGGCGACUAUAGAAGAAUCGACAAGCAGGAUGCUUGGAAGGCGACUCAAGAGACGAUAUUGCGCGAAUCGGAGUUCAAGGGAUCCUUCUAUUUUCAGCAUUUCUACAAUGGAUCUCCUAAGCCCUGGUUUUCAAAGAUAAAUGUUGAACGAUACUUUGUGACUAUGUUUAAUAGGCUUCGUGCGAGCCAUUUCAAUUUAGGUUCAUCCCUGAAAAGAAAGGGAUACAUAGAUAGUGAGCGAUGUGAAUGUGGUGCGGAGCGGGAGGAUCUGUAUCACGUUUUACUUAGAUGUAGACUCUACGACGACAAUAGAUGUGAGAUGGACAAGGAACUGAGAGAACUAAAGUAUACACGUGAGAUAGAUCUCAAGAACAUUAUCAUUUCUGAGAACUGGGACGUCCUGUACGUUGUUUUUAAGUUUCUCAGAAAAAUAGGCAAGGUUAUUUAG